UUCCCUCAGGUAAAUUCCUGCCGAUGAAAACGAUGUUGGGUGCCAGAUAUGACGAGCAAGUUCCAGAGGAGAACAGGUUUCACCCGAGCAUGCUGUCCAACUAUUUAAAAAGUCUAAAAGUGAAAAUGGGUUUGCUUGUGGACUUGACAAACACUUCACGUUUUUAUGACCGCAACGACAUUGAAAAAGAAGGAAUAAAAUAUGUGAAGCUUCAGUGUAAAGGCCACGGAGAAUGCCCUUCGAAAGACACGACUGAAAUGUUCAUCACACUCUGUCAAAACUUCGUCGAGAAGAAUCCUGCAGAAUUGAUAGGUGUUCACUGCACGCAUGGCUUCAACCGGACAGGCUUUCUGAUGUGUGCGUACCUGGUGGAGAAGAUGGACUGGAGCAUCGAGGCAGCUGUGGCCGCGUUCACGCAGGCCCGGGCCCCGGGGAUCUACAAGGGAGAGUACCUCAAAGAGCUUUUCCGUCGCUACGGCGACGAAGAGGACGCGCCCCCUGCCCCCGCGCUCCCCGAGUGGUGUUUCGACGACGAUGACGAGGGGGACGUGGACGACGACGGUAACUCUGUUGGCCAAGAGUCGGGCCCCAGCUCCUCCGGGUCAGCGGCUGGCAAACGAAAGAAAGAGAAGAUAAAGCUGGGUGCAGUAUUCCUUGAAGGCAUCACAGUGAAAGGCGUCACACAGAUCACUACACAACCCAAACUAGGAGAGAGCCAAAGAAUGUGUCAGAGGAUGUCAGAGUGGGAAAGGUCUGGUUUUCCUGGUGCUCAGCCGGUGUCCAUGGACAGACAAAAUCUUCGUUUCCUGGAACAGAAGCCAUACAAAGUCAGCUGGAAAGCUGACGGCACACGGUACAUGAUGUUGAUCAACGGAAAAAAUGAAGUAUUCAUGAUCGACAGAGACAACACGAUCUUCCACAUAGCGAACCUAGAGUUUCCUUUCCGCAAGGAUCCGCGUGUGCACCUCUCAAACACACUGCUGGAUGGGGAGAUGAUCAUCGACAAGGUGAACGGUCAGCCCGUCCCCCGCUAUUUGAUAUACGACAUCAUCAAAUUCAAUGGACAGCCUGUUGGCCAGUGUGAUUUCAAUACCCGACUGUUAUGCAUGGAAAAGGAGAUAAUUUUUCCCCGGAUGGAAAAGAUGAAGACUGGACAGAUUGACAAAACCAAGGAGCCCUUCAGUGUCCGAAAUAAACCCUUCUUUGACAUUCAUGCAUCACGCAAGGUCGAACUGAACUUCUCCUCACUUCUUGUCUAAGAAUGUAUCCACUACAAUAAUACUAAAGCUAUU